AUGUCAGCGUUCUACGCGGAUCUUCAAGGAACAGAUAGGAUUCCGAAAAAGAAGUAUAAGAAUGUCUCAUCUAAGAUUCAGGAACCGGUGAACAUUAAGCGUGUCACAGACUUACCACAGGUUAAACAAUUCCGUCAUAACAAUGACAACAAUGACAACAAUGACAACAAUGACAACAAUGACAACAAUAACAACAAAAACAACAAUGGCAAUAAUAACAAUGACAAUAUUGACAACAAGGCAACAAUGGCAAUAAUGAUAAUAAUAACAACAAUGACGACAAGAAAAACAAGGACAACAAAAACAACACUGACAAUAAUAACAACAAGGGCAGCAAUGACAACAAUGACAAUAAGGGUACCAAGGAUAACAAGGACAACAGUGGCAACAAUAACGACAAUAAGAACAAUGCAAACCAUACAAACAAUAAAAGCAAUAAAAACAAUAACAACGGUAAUAAUAGUAACAACCACAAAAACAGCAGCAGCAAUAACAACAGUAACAGCAACAGAAAAAAUAACAGCAGUAACAACAAAAGCAUCGAUAACAGCAAUAACAGCAAUAACAACAAGAACAGCAAAAACAGCAAUAACAGCAAUAACAGCAAUAACAGCAAUAGUAGCAAUAGCAGCAAUAACAACAAUAACAGCAAUAAGAGCAAUGACAGCAGUAACAGCCAUAAUAGUAAUAUCAGUAGUACCAACAAUAAAAGCAAUGCCAACAAUAGCAAUAACGACUAAAAUAGCAUUAAUUAUCAAGAAUGGUAACAAUAGGAACAGGAGCAACAAUAACAAUAAUGAUAUUAACAACAACAAUGAGACAAUAGCAAUAGCAAUAGCAACAGCAAUAACAAUAGCAAUACCAAUAACACCAGCAAUAACAAUAACAAUAGCAAUACCAAUAACACCAGCAAUUGCACUAGCAAUAAGAAUAGUACCAGCAAUAGCAAUAGCAAUAACAAUGACACCCUAA